UCAUUAUUUUUUGGACAGUGAGUAACUAACUAGUAUUGAAAACUCAUAAGAAAGAAAAACAAUGAGCCUCCGAAUACUGAGAAAGGCUUCGCAGACGCAAAACGCGAAGCAAUUAUCCUCCAGUUUCUCCAAAUUCACACGAUCAUUCUCUCAGCUCUCCUCACAGUCCAAACCGCCUUCCUUUGGCAUUGCGUUCGACAUCGACGGCGUCGUUUUACGCAGCGAAGCUGCCAUCGGAGGCUCUCCUCGGGUCUUCAGAAGAUUAUACGACGAUUCUGGUAAUCUUAGCAUUCCGUACGUGUUCUUGACAAAUGGUGGUGGGUUUACUGAAUCUAAAAGAGCCCUUGAGUUAAGUGAACUUUUGGGUGUCAAGAUUUCACCUUUACAGGUUUUACAGGGCCAUACACCUUUUAAGCAGUUAGUAAACAGAUUUGAGAAUGAACUCAUUGUUGCUGUGGGGAAAGGAGAACCUGCUGCAGUUAUGUCUGAAUAUGGAUUUAAAAAUGUUCUUUCAAUUGAUGACUAUGCGUCCUGCUUUGAAAACAUUGACCCACUAGCACCGUAUAAAAAAUGGACAACUAAGCAGGUUAAGGAGGUUGCUGCCAGAGACCUUGUAUCCUCACAAAGAGUUCAGGCGGCGUUUAUAGUUAGUGAUUCUGUUGAUUGGAGCAGAGACAUUCAGGUUCUAUGCGACAUUUUAAGAACUGGUGGUCUUCCUGGUCGGGAAAUAGGACACCAACCACAUCUUUAUUUUGCGCAUGAUGACCUUGCAUACCAGGCUGCUUUUCCUACUGAGCGUUUUGGAAUGGGAGCUUUCAGAAUUGCACUAGAAUCCAUCUUUAAUAGAAUCCAUCCUCGUGCUCUGGAGUAUACAACUUUUGGGAAACCAAAUCCAUUUGUAUUCAAUAAUGCAGAACUUGUACUUAAGCAACUUGUGUCAGCUCUUCAUGAUAAUCUUCAAGUUGCCAAUCAAGCAAAUGCUGGAAGUUACCAAUUCAAAACACUGUAUAUGAUAGGAGAUAAUCCUUCGGUUGACAUCUAUGGUGCACGACAGGCGGGUCAUCCUUGGUUUUCUAUUCUGACAAGGACUGGGGUUUUCAAGGGAAAGGAAAAUCAUGCCGAAUUUCCAGCGGAUCUGGUUGUUGACACUGUGGAAGAAGCUGUAGACUUUGUUUUGAGAAAGGAAUGCAUCUCUUAGAGUUUUAUUCUGUACACUUUCUUUUUGCGUUCCCCCCUCCCGUUUAGAUUUUAUUAAUUUUUGAGAAAUUUAUUUGUGGUUUACAAUAUUUUUUGAGAACUCCAUCUGAAA